AUGUCUUCUACACAGAUUCCCGCUGAGAUCGAACCUCACAAGGUUUACGAUACGAUCCUUACUUUGGAUUUUGGUUCCCAAUACACUCAUCUUAUCACUAGACGUUUGCGCGAACUCAAUGUCUACUCAGAAAUGCUUCCAUGUACCCAAAAGCUUGCAGAUCUCGACUGGAAGCCAAAAGGUAUCAUUCUGUCCGGAGGACCAUACUCAGUAUAUGAAGAUGGUGCACCACACGUCGACCCCGCAUACUUCGAGCUUGGAGUUCCAAUUCUCGGUAUCUGCUACGGCAUGCAAGAGAUUGCCUAUAGAAUUAGCAAAGACAACGUUAUCGCUGGCACAGCUCGUGAAUACGGACAUGCUGACUUGAAGGCAAAGAAAAUUGAUAAUGGACAUGUUGAUCGUUUAUUCGCAGGAUUGGAGGGUGAUGUUAAAGUAUGGAUGAGUCAUGGUGAUAAAUUGGGCGCAUUGCCAGACGGAUUUCACACUAUUGCUACAACCCAGAACUCGGAGUAUGCAGCAAUUGCACACGAGAGCCAACACAUCUAUGCUCUUCAAUUCCACCCCGAGGUCACUCAUACAGAAAAUGGAAUUCAACUUCUCAAGAACUUUGCCGUCGGUAUCUGCGGAGCUCAAACGAACUGGACUAUGGCCAAAUUCGUGGAUCAAGAGAUCGCUAGAAUCCGCACAUUGGUUGGAGAGAAAGGUCAAGUCUUGGGUGCUGUCAGUGGAGGUGUCGAUUCAACUGUUGCUGCUAAAUUAAUGCAUGAGGCAAUUGGAGACCGUUUCCAUGCCGUUCUCGUCAACAAUGGUGUCAUGAGAUUGAACGAGUGCGAACAAGUACGAAAGACAUUAACAGAAAAUCUCGGUAUCAACCUGAUUGUGGCAGAUGCAUCUGAACAAUUUCUGGACGGUUUAGCGGGUCUUGAUGAACCAGAAGCAAAGAGAAAAUUCAUCGGAGGAAAGUUCAUCGAUGUUUUCGAAGCCGAGGCCAAAAAGAUUGAAGACGCAGCUGCCAACUCAGACAAGGCAGGCAAGAUCGAAUUCUUCUUGCAGGGAACAUUAUAUCCUGAUGUCAUUGAAAGUAUAUCUUUCAAGGGCCCUUCGGCAACUAUUAAAACCCAUCACAAUGUCGGUGGUCUUCCUAAGCGUAUGACAGAAGGUCAAGGGCUCAAACUUAUUGAGCCCUUGAGAGAAUUAUUCAAGGAUGAAGUUAGACAAUUGGGACGAGAGUUGGGCAUUGCUCAUGAGCUCGUUAUGCGUCAUCCUUUCCCAGGUCCAGGUAUUGCCAUUCGUGUCUUGGGAGAAGUUACCCGGGAACGUGUCGAGAUGGCUAGACAAGCCGACCAUAUCUUUAUUUCCAUGAUCAGAGAGGCUGGCCUCUAUGACAACAUUGGGCAAGCAUUCGCGGCUGUUGAUCCAAGCAGGGCUGUAGGUGUUAUGGGUGACAAGAGAAUGUAUGGAAACAUUAUUAUUUUGAGAGCAGUUCAGACAACUGAUUUCAUGACCGCUAUCGCAUAUCCUUUUGAGAAUGCUUUCUUGUCUAAGGUUUCUACAAGAAUCAUCAACGAAGUUCAUGGCGUUUGCAGAGUGGUAUACGACUACACAAGCAAGCCUCCUGGAACCAACUGCACACAUACGUUGGAGUAA